AUGGAAUCAGAAUUGGAAAUGAUUAAUAAGAAUACAACUUGGAGCUUGGUUGAUAGACCUGAAGAUCACAAAGUCAUAGGAGUAAAAUGGAUUUAUAGAACCAAGUAUAAUCCAAAUGGUUUCAUAAAUAAACUCAAAGCUAGAUUAGUUGUAAAAGGAUAUCUUCAACAACCUGGGAUAGAUUACUUUGAUACAUUUGCACCUGUGGCCAGGUAUGAUACAAUCAGAAUGCUAAUUGCUUUGGCUACAAAAAUGGAGUGGGAAAUCUAUCACUUGGACAUUAAAUCAGCAUUCCUAAAUGGGGUUCUAAUGAAAACAUCUUUGUUGAACAACCUGAUGGCUUUAAAAUAUCAGGUCAGGAAGGAAAAGUAUACAAAUUGCAUAAGACCCUUUAUGGUCUCAAGCAAGCCCCCAAGGCUUGGUAUUGCAAAAUUCAUUCUUAUUUGCUGGAUCAAGGAUUUGAAUGUAGCUUGA